AUGAGACGAGUAGACCAUGUGCGUGAGUAUGAUCCAUGCACGUACACGUUUGGUCGCGCCGCUGAAUUUAUCGUUGAUAAAUUAAGGUUGCGAGCUUUACGAAACAUUCUUCACCAAGAUUCCGGUUAUUUCGAUAUACCUGCACAAAGCCAUGCAAUGAUGGUUACGAGGAUAUCGAUUGAUGCACCCAAUAUAAAACCAGCUCUUGAUUCUAGGAUGAUGCAGAUCGUCAAUAAUUUCGCUUCCAUAAUUGUCUUAAUUAUUCUUGCAAUAAUUUUUUCUUGGCAAAUCGGUCUAUUAGGCUUUGCCAUGUUUUGCGCACUUUGUUUAAUGCAAUAUUUGAUUGCAAAUUUGAUGCAAAAAUAUAAUAAGCAAGCUAUUAAAGAGGAUUUAACAGGACAGCUUGCUAUCGAAAUUGUUGAGCAAGUACGAACAAUUCAAUUGUUAACAAGAGAAGAAUAUUUUCAUAUGCUCUACGAUAAAAAAUUAAGUGAUGCUUUACGUCUUUAUAAAAAGAGCACACCGUAUGAAGCAUUCCAAUUUGCUGUCGUCUCGUCAUUUUUGUAUUUCGCAGAUAUGGCGUCCUACUGCCUUGGGAUACCACUUAUUUAUUAUGGUUAUACUGAGCCAAUAAGCACUUUCACAUCUGCUAUAUCAGUGGCUACAGGUGGUUGGGCCCUCAUAAUGGUCGCAGGCUGUUUGAACACAUUUAUUAUGGCCUCAUCGGCGUCAGAUUCCAUUUUUCGUAUAAUCAAUGCUAAAAGUGUUAUUGAAAAUAUCAAUGAAAGAAGUUGUCCAAAAAUCGAUGGUGAAGUUCAAUUCAAAAAUGUUCGCUUUUCUUACCCAAGUCGACCCACAUCACCAAUUUUAAACGGUCUUUCGUUUACUGCACAUAAAGGUCAGUCUGUAGCAAUCGUUGGACCUUCAGGCGGAGGUAAAAGCACAAUUAUUGCAUUAUUAGAAAGAUUCUAUAAUUCUACCUCAGGCGAAAUGCAAAUAGAUGGCCUAACUAUCGAUCAACUAUCUCUAAGAUAUCUUAGAGACCAAAUGGCUCUCGUUGGACAAGAACCUGUUCUUUUCAGUGGUACCAUCGCUGAAAACAUUCUUUUAGGAACAAGCGAUAAAACAAUGGAUGAUGCCUAUGAUACCGAAGUAGGAGAACGUGGUUCACAACUCUCAGGUGGCCAGAAACAACGAAUAGCAAUCGCUCGAGCACUGAUUAGAAAUCCUAAGAUAUUGCUGUUGGAUGAAGCUACCAGUGCUCUGGAUGCUGAAAGUGAAAAGGCCGUACAGGAAGGAUUAGAAAACGCGAGUACUGGUCGAACUUGUUUAACUGUUGCUCAUCGACUUUCAUCUAUACAGUUCGCAGAUCGAAUAUUUUUUGUUGAAAAUGGCAAAGUCAUAGAAAGCGGUACUCACCAAGAGCUUAUUGAAUUUGACGGCAAAUAUGCCGACUUCAUUCGUAAACAAGAUUUCGGAUCGUAA